ACAGACCGGUACAGCAUUAUAGAUGUUGCAUAUAACCCAGCUGUCCUUCGGAGGGGAGAAGAAAACCCGGAGGAAACAGACCACCUGAUCCAUUUGACACUUAAAUUCGUUGAGAAACGAUACAACCUUACUCUUUCUUAUUCGUACACCGUUGAAUCGUUCAAAUUGAAAGGAAGCCUGGAAACGAUGCAGCGACGUCUGAAAGGAAGGCAGAUGCCAGCUCCGCACCUCAGUCGGAACACCAAGAUGGACCUGACCCUUGACCAGCUGCUGCACAGCAUGGAGGGAGAAGGCUGCAGCGGCGCUCUUCUGCUGCCGAAGGAAAAUCCUACGCAGUCUAAAGUGCAACUGAUCGAGGAAAUAACCAGCACCGAGCUGUCAGAGAAGCAAAGGAACCCCGUCUACAAAAUGAUCACCGUGAAGGAUGCAAACAAGAAACCACUCAAAAUUGAACUCAGAAUUGAAUUGCCCAAGGUUAGCUCGGUUUCUGAGUGCGAUCUGAGGAUUUCAAAGGAUGACCUAAUCAUUGAAGUCCCUGGAAAAUACAAGUUAGAGCUCAAUCUGCCAGAACUGGUGGAUGAAGAAACAGCAACAGCAGUAUUUAACAAAGGAAAACAGGUGUUGUUUAUCACGUUGCCAGUCGCCAAGCCGGAUCCUUAA